GGGAAGGAGACAAAUGUGGUUUCCUCGGGGUGGUUCUUCUUCCAACCUUUCUUCGCACGCUUGGGUAUAAUAUUGAUUGUAGUGAUGAAUCGUGUCUUGACUCUCGAGGCGAAUCUUCGAAAAGGUGAGCGAUCUCAACAGGACCUUCAAAAACAAGAGAAAAAGAAUCAAAGAGGACGAAGGAGAUUGGGUGGUGGAGAGGGCAGGAGGGGUUGGGAGGCCACAAUCAGUGGCUGCUGGGUGGAGGUCUAGUUUCGCUUUGUAAAGACUAAAGGUUACUCCUCUCGAGUUCAUCACUCCUGCUGCUAUAGAGAAACAAAACAAUGAUGGUGCACUCUGUUUCUGAUGGAGUUGGAGACAUUCAUCUCAAGACUGACAACCUUUCUUCCACUGACGGUCAGACAGAAAAUUACAAAUCUGUUUACAAGGUUGGAUUGCCCCCUCGGAGGAACUUCAUCAGAGAGUUUGCCGAUGCUGUGAAGGAAACACUAUUUGCAGAUGAUCCUUUACGCCCUUACAAAGAUCAACCCAAGUCAAGAAAGCUGCUACUAGGCCUUCAGUUCCUGUUUCCAGUCCUUGAGUGGGGCAGAUACUACAAUCUUAGUAAGUUUAAAGGAGAUGUUAUUGCUGGAUUGACAAUUGCUAGUCUCUGUAUCCCUCAGGAUAUUGGGUAUGCUAAGCUUGCUAACAUGGAUCCAAAAUAUGGCCUCUACUCCAGUUUUGUUCCACCUCUAAUAUAUGCAGUAAUGGGUAGCUCUAGGGAUAUUGCCAUUGGACCAGUAGCAGUUGUUUCUCUGUUGCUUGGGACCCUACUUCAGAAUGAAGUAGAUCCUUUGAACGAUAAGGAAGAGUACCGGCGGCUUGCAUUCACAGCUACUUUCUUUGCGGGUGUCACCCAAGCAACUCUGGGCUUCCUGAGAUUAGGCUUUCUCAUCGAAUUUCUUUCUCAUGCUGCCAUUGUGGGGUUUAUGGGUGGGGCUGCCAUUACCAUUGCUCUUCAGCAGCUGAAAGGAUUUCUUGGAAUUAAGAAUUUUACCAAGAACACAGAUAUCAUUUCUGUAAUGAAAUCUGUUUGGGGUUCAGUUCACCAUGGGUGGAAUUGGCAGACCAUAUUGAUAGGGACAAUCUUUUUGGCAUUCCUUCUAUUUGCUAAGUACAUUGGAAAGAAAAGGAAGAGUCUCUUCUGGGUACCUGCAAUUGCUCCUUUGAUAUCUGUUGUCUUAUCCACGCUCUUAGUAGAUUUAACCCGGGCUGAUAAAUAUGGUGUCCAGAUUGUGAAAAAAAUAGAUAGAGGAAUCAACCCAUCAUCUGUUGGUCAGAUUCACUUCAGUGGUUCCUAUGCUCUCAAAGGAUUCAGAAUUGGAGUGGUUGCUGCAAUGAUAGCUCUCACGGAAGCAAUAGCCAUUGGAAGAACAUUUGCCGCCAUGAAGGACUAUCAACUGGAUGGAAACAAGGAAAUGGUUGCUUUAGGAACCAUGAACAUAGUUGGUUCGAUGACAUCGUGCUACGUAGCAACAGGCUCUUUUUCUCGGUCAGCUGUCAAUUUCAUGGCUGGCUGUAAAACCAGUGUGUCCAAUAUGGUUAUGUCACUAGUAGUGAUGCUUACCUUGCUACUGAUCACACCCCUCUUCAAGUACACUCCAAAUGCGAUACUUUCUUCCAUUAUUAUUUCGGCAGUGAUCAGUCUCAUAGAUUAUGAAGCGGCAUAUCUUAUCUGGAAGGUUGACAAAUUUGACUUCAUUGCAUGCAUGGGGGCAUUCUUUGGUGUUGUCUUUGUCUCUGUUGAAAUUGGCCUCUUGGUUGCCGUCUCCAUAUCACUUGCAAAGAUCCUUCUGCAAGUAACAAGGCCAAGAACAGCUUUACUUGGGAAUCUUCCUGGAACAACGAUAUACAGGAACAUGGAACAGUACCCAGAGGCAACCAAGGUCCCAGGAAUUCUGAUAGUGAGAGUUGAUUCUGCAAUCUACUUCACAAACUCUAACUAUGUCAAAGAAAGGAUCCUAAGAUGGUUAAGAGAUGAAGAAGAGCAACUAAAAGAGAACGAUCUACCUCAAAUAGAUUUCUUGAUAGUUGAGAUGUCACCUGUGACAGAUAUUGACACAAGCGGUGUUCAUGCAUUCGAAGAACUUUAUAGGAGUCUCCGAAAGCAUGAAGUCCAGCUAGUUCUUGCGAACCCUGGCCCAGUGGUGAUUGAGAAGCUCUACUCGGCAAAGUUCCCAGAGCUCUUAGGUCACGACAAGGUAUUCCUCACAGUUGCAGAGGCAGUGAUGACCUGCACUCCCAAGGCAAGAGAAGAUGUGUGAGGUGGAUAAUAAGAAGUCUGCUUGCCUCGCAAUAGCUCAGAGCAUGUAAGCGACGAAGGCGAAAGCAGAUUUGCAUGUGUGUAAGAAAGAGGUCAUAUGAACCGGAGAACAAGUGGUAUGGAAGAGCUCAUUAUUAAUAGAUCUUACAGAAAAACGAGUUGCGAUGUAUAAAUGCAACCUCGUUUCACAAAGGAUCUUGUUCUGAACUUGUUUGAUCCUUACAGUACAAGUCUAGUUCUUUCCAUGGAGAUGUAAUUGUUCUCAGCUUCUGGUACUCUGUUUUGAUCA